AUGAUUCUCCCCCUAGGCAGUGCCAAGGAGCGCGAGUAUGUUUCCCUAUUUUCCACCCGGACAUCGCGCGCCAUGAUGGGGUUCUUCUCCUCCAAAUUCUGGGAUUGCUUGCUUCCACAACUCAGUCACUAUGAGCCCGUUAUCCGACACGCUGUCGCGGCUGUCGGCGCCGCCCACCAGCAAUAUCGGGGCGUUCUACGCCCUGGCUACACUGAGAGCUUUAUAUUGCAGCAAUACAACAAAUCUAUUCGGCUUCUGCUGGAGAACGUGUCAGCACCUAGGACUACAAAUCUCGACCUCACGUUAAUUACGUGCGGACUAUUCGUGUGUCUAGAACUACUCAGAGGUGACUACAACAGGGCGCUCGACCAUAUAGAAGCAGGCCUAAACAUUCUCGCACGGCCGGGGCCAGUAACAACGGCACACUCAAGUGACUCGCAGAUCGUAUACAACGAGCUGGUAGAGAUGUUCUCCCGGUUGAACAUUGAGUUGGGUUCGUUUUCCCGGCCCUACAAAGUGCUCCCAUCAUUCACCGACCUGAGGACCAUCGAGAUACCUACCGAAUUCAAAGAUAUCGGGGACGCUCGCCGGAGCCUGACCGCCGUGAUGAAUUACUGUUUGGCACUCUAUUACCACUCGGGUCCAGUUACGGCCUUUGCCCAGGGUGGUUCCCCUCAGGACCCCACCUGGCAGAGGAUUCUUUCGCAAGUACCGAUGCUAGAGCGGACAUACGACGAUUGGCUUGCGUCUUUCGAGAGGCUAUUACAGACCCCAGGAAACGGGUCAACGGGCGAACUCGCCGUCCUCUCUCUUCGAAUCGACCAUCUUCUCGCUGUUACGUGGACUUUCGGCAAUAUACGGUGGAAAGAGAUUGAAUUUGAUAAAUGGAAUGGUCACUUUGAGAAUAUAGUGACCUUAGCAGAGAAGCUACUCCUACUAGACGCUAGCACGGAGCCGUAUUUCAGCUUGGACAAUUGUGCUAUCCGUGCACUGCAAUGGACUGCCACCUCAUGCCGUCACCCUCUAGUGCGGCGGAAGGCUAUCCAGCUUUUAUCGGCUUAUCCACGCCAGGAAAGUCUAUGGAUUGCGCGCCGGUCAGCCAAGAUCGCCGAAGCCACGAUGAACCUAGAAGAGGCCGGCCUAUUAUCCUUGCCUGUGGAGCAAAGGAUACCCGCAACCGAGGAUCGGCUUACUUUAUACAACUUCGUGGACUUUGCAGCGACUAAAAAGACCCAUUUGUAUGUGAAGACUGAUCUGCGGGUAAAGUCAAUCUUAUAUAUCGAUUGGUCUUAG